GGGCGGGGCUUAGGUGAGUCACGUGGUGGGAGUAGCGGCGUAACCGGUUCCUGGUUGCAGAGUGAAUGAGGAAAUAGAGUGCGGGCGGCGGCAGCAGCAGUAGACAUGGCCUCCCUGUUUAAGAAGAAGACGGUGGACGAUAUAAUAAAGGAGCAGAACAAGGAGUUAAGAGGCACUCAGAGGGCUAUAACCAGAGACCGCACAGCCUUGGAGAAGCAGGAGAAACAGCUGGAAAUGGAAAUAAAAAAGAUGGCAAAGACUGGUAACAAAGAUGCCUGCAGGGUGAUGGCAAAGCAGUUAGUGCAACUGCGUAAGCAAAAAACUCGAACCUAUGCCGUCAGUUCAAAGGUCACAUCCAUGUCAACGCAGACCAAAGUCAUGAGCUCACAGAUGAAGAUGGCCGGAGCCAUGUCCACUACAGCUAAGACUAUGCAAGCAGUCAACAAGAAAAUGGAUCCACAGAAAACACUGCAAACAAUGCAGAAUUUCCAGAAAGAGAAUAUGAAAAUGGAAAUGACAGAAGAAAUGAUAAACGACACCCUGGAUGAUAUUUUCGAUGCAUCUGAAGAUGAGGAAGAAAGCCAGGACAUUGUCAAUCAGGUGUUGGAUGAAAUCGGAAUUGAAAUCUCAGGAAAGAUGGCAAAAGCACCGUCAGCUGCCAAAGGCCUUCCCUCCGCGUCUACUGCCAAAUCAUCAACCAUUUCAGAUGAGGAGAUAGAACGCCAGCUCAAGGCUCUAGGGGUAGAUUAACGGUUUCACGAUAGCUAACCCCUCUGCUCUGUGUGGACUUGUAUCUUAGCUACCAAUGGAACUGCACAAUACCUGCUUUACAGAAGAAUUUAUUUUUGAAGAGGAUUGAAGGAACCUACGUGGCUUUUGCUUGUUAAUGAACACUACAGUGACUUGUGUAAUACUAAUUGUAUAUAGGACAGUGACCCCUUUCUUCUGUACAAAUGUCCCAUCUUCUCGCGCAGUGCAGCCAUCUCCGGUCUGCUCCAAUGUAAAAUUCUGUAUAAUGUUCCUACUUAAACUCAGCGGGUGCAUACGUUUUCUUUGUGGACUUAUAAGUGGCUACUAACUAGCUACACGAGUUGUUUAUAGAAUUACAGACCUUGUAUUGUUGGCCUACGAGCUACAGUAUGACUUCAUCAGCCAUAUGCAUGGUAACCGAUUCUCAAAUUGCAUGUCAAUUAAUUCUGAUCUGUUCAUAACAAAAUGCAUCAAUAUGUCUCGUUUCAGUUUGACUCAUGAGCUCAUUGGCAUUACAGCAAAGUUUUAAUAGUCCUAUGAGUGAGUCCAGGCAAAUGUAUUUUAAUUAGAAACUCACUUGGGUGGGUGGGUAUACUAAGCAGUGAUGAGAGUGGAGAAGUUGCCCAUGGCAACCAAUCAGCUGCUCUGUAUAAUUUUACAGUAUGCAAAUUAUAAAUGUUACUUCAGUGCUGAUUGGAUGCAACUUCUCUACUGGCUCACUUAUGCACUCUUAUCACUGCUUGGUACAUCGCUCUCCCUUGCAUAUUGGGGCUGUCGCAAUUCUCAGCCAUUGAUAUAUAUCGACCUACGCAAUAAUAAUUGGGGGUUUAUUAGUACCUGGAAUUUAUUUAUUGCUCUAGAACGAUCUUUUAUUUGUAGUUGAGAGCUUCUAUCUAAACGCUUACAUCUAGUGAUAUCCCUUUUGGAAUAAUAAAAUCGGACUUACCAUUUUUGUAGUUGGCAUGUUUUACCGUUAUUUAUAUAUAUUUUGUUUUCCAUUAGCUUGCUGUUAGAUUUGAAGAUAUUGGAAACCAUGGUUUUAUUAUUAUUUUCUUUCUUAUGUGCUGUUAACCUCUAAAUGUGUGCCUUUGUAAAUUAAAGCCUUAUCAUAGCCAUCA